CCCGGCAUUUUCUACUGAACAGCACAGAACCAGAGAUCUGUGCAUUACAAGUUCACAAUCCAACUGAAAACGCCCUCCAGCCGGUAAACAAAGUCCACCCGGGUGAGAGCCCUCGAGUCGGCGACUCACUAGUCAACGGCGAUGGCGGAUCCGGCGAAUUCCACACUCGGACGAAUGCUGUUGGAUGAGAUCACUCCCGCUGUCAUGGUCCUUCGCACCCCUCUCGUCGAGGAAUCCUGCGACAAAAAUGGAAUCUCAUUUAUUGAAAUGCUCAGUCCUUUCUGCAAUUUCAACAAUAUUGAUGUGCCAGUGAGGACGGCAAGUGAUCAACCCUACAGGUUGAAGAAAUUUAAGUUGCGAUUGUUUUAUGCAUCAGAUAUUCGGCAGCCUAAUAUAGAGGUUGCAAAGGAGCGAUUAAAACAAGUCAUAACUCAAGCUGGGGACAGGGAUCUUUCAGAAUUCUGCUCAGACCCACCAAGAAUUGAGACCAUCAUAAACUCCUCUCAACUUGAGUUCCUGCCAUCAUGGUUUCAGUUUUUAAACAGAGAGCUAGUGCGCACAGUAUCCUUCUCAGAGCAUGAAGCUUUUGACCAUCCAGUGGCAUGUCUUUUGGCUGUUUCUUCGAAGGAUGAAGAUCCUAUCAAUAAAUUCGUUGAUCUUUUCAACACUAAUCAGUUGCCUUCACUCCUAAAUGAUGGUGCCAUGGACCCAAAGAUUUUCAAGCAUUUCGUAUUGGUGCAUGAUAAUCAAGAUGGCACAUCAGAAAAAGCAACCAAAAUACUGGCAGACAUGAGAAGCACAUUUGGGGCAAAUGAUUGCCAUUUAUUGUGUAUUAACUCUUCAGCUGAUGGAUCAGCAGAUCAUUGUGAAAAUCCAUGGGCAUCUAGUAAAAAUGAUGUUUCAAGUAGCCAAAAGCUAGGUAGCUUUCUCAGCCUUGCUGACAUAGAUGAGCUGAAAAAUGUUAUGCAUGAUCUGUCAUCCAAACAUAUAAUCCCUCAUAUGGAACAAAAAGUUCGUAAUCUUAAUCAACAGGUUUCUGCAACAAGAAAAGGUUUCAGAAACCAAAUUAAAAACUUGUGGUGGAGAAAAGGGAAAGACGAUACAGCUGAAAAUCAGACAGCGUAUACUUUCAGCUCCAUUGAAUCACAAAUUAGGGUGCUAGGUGAUUAUGCUUUCAUGUUGCGUGAUUAUGAACUUGCAUUGUCAAACUAUCGACUACUCUCCACAGACUAUAAGCUUGACAAAGCAUGGAAACACUAUGCUGGAGUUCAGGAGAUGAUGGGAUUGACUUACUUCAUGUUAGAUCAGUCGAGAAAGGAUGCCGAAUAUUGCAUGGAGAAUGCUUUUACUACAUAUUUUAAGCUUGGCCCAUCAGGUCAAAGAAAUGCUACACGGUGUGGCCUAUGGUGGGUGGAAAUGCUGAAAGCAAGAGAUGAGUAUAAAGAGGCUGCUAGCGUUUACUUUCGAAUCUCUGGUGAGGAACCUCUGCAUUCAGCUGUAAUGCUUGAGCAAGCAUCUUAUUGUUACUUGUUUUCCUCUCCACCAAUGCUACGCAAAUAUGGCUUCCAUCUUAUUCUUUCUGGAGAUUUGUACAAGAAAUGUGAUCAGAUAAAGCAUGCAAUUCGAACAUACAGAGCUGCUCUUUCCGUUUUUCAAGGAACUGCUUGGAGUCACAUUAGAGAUCAUGUUCAUUUCCACAUAGGAAAGUGGUUUGCUGUUCUUGGGGUGUAUGAUGUGGCAAUAAAAAACAUCCUAGAAGUCCUAGCUUGUGGUCAUCAAUCCAAGACAACACAAGAGUUAUUCCUGAGGGACUUCUUUCAAAUUGUUCAGAAAACAGGUAAAACGUUUGAGGUUCCAACACUUACGUUACCUGUGAUCAACAUCCCUUCAAUCAAAGUUAUUUUUGACGAUCAUCGCACUUAUGCAUCACAUACAGCGGUCAAUGUCAAAGAAAGUUUGUGGCAGUCAUUGGAGGAGGAGAUGAUUCCAUCACUGUCCACGAGUAAGAGUAACUGGCUGGAAUUGCAAUCCAAGAUUUUGCCCAAAAAGUUUAAAGAAUCAAAUAUCUGUGUUGCUGGAGAGGCAAUUAAAGUAGCUGUUGAAUUCAAAAACCCACUUCAGAUAGCUAUACCAAUAUCCAAUGUUUCUCUCAUCUGUGAACAUUCUGUGAAAAGUGAUGCACCUGCCUCUGAUGUAAAAAAUGUAAACAGUCAUCAGAAUGACCUGGAAUCUAACCAGUCAGUCAAUAGCAGGGACUUCAGCUCUGUCACAUCUUCAUUUACGUUGUCUGAGGUUGACAUUGUGCUGGGAGGAGGUGAAACUACUGUGGUAGAACUGAAUGUUACUCCCAGAACAGAAGGCACUCUAAAGAUAGUUGGUGUGCGGUGGAAAUUGUCAGGUUCUGUGGCUGGAUUCCGUGAAUUUGGUCCUGAUUUAACCAGGAAAAGAGUUGCAAAAGCUAAAACAAAAUCUAAGCGUAGUUUGAUUGAUAAUCUGCAGUUCUUAGUUAUCAAGAGUCUACCUAAGCUUGAAGCAUUCAUUCAUCAGUUACCUAAAACAGUUUAUGUGGGAGACUUGCGGCCUAUCACUUUAGAGUUAAGGAAUCCAUGUGAAAUUCCCGUGAAGAAUUUAAAGAUGAAGGUCAGCCCUCCAAGGUUUCUACAAAUUGGUCAUAAGGAAGCUACGAACAUGGAAUUUCCUGUUUGCUUGGAGAAGGGGACUGAAUCCGCUGAAAAUUACAUACAAUCAAAGACCAAAAAAGCAUCAGAUAGUGUUUUUUUGUUUCCUGAGGACAUGGUAAUUAUGGAGGGAACACCCUCCUCGUGGCCGCUUUGGCUUAGAGCUGCUGCUCCUGGAAAUGUUUCAUUAUAUGUAACAAUAUACUAUGAAAUGGAAGAUACGACAAGCGUAAUGAAAUAUCGUACCUUACGCAUGCAAUUUAAUUUGGAGGUUCUUCCAUCAUUAGAUGUCUCAUUCCAAAUCAGUCCUCGUCCUUCUAAAUUACAAGAGUUACUUGUGCGGAUGGAUGUCGUCAAUAGGACUAGUGCAGAGACUUUCCAGGUUCAUCAGUUGUCAUCUGUUGGAAACAAGUGGGAGAUGUCAUUGGUCGAGCCAAUUGAUACCAUUUCAACAGAUUUUCUAAUUGCUGGUCAAGCUGUCUCUUACUUUUUAAAGCUCAAGAAUUGCAGAAAACCUGUAACUGAAGAGGAGAGAGCUGCUUCUCUUGGUCCUGCAGAUAGAGCAGAUGUGAAACUGAACCAUGCCAGUAGUGAAGUACUGCUUGAUGUCUACAGAUCUCCAUUGGUUGAAUUUCACAAUUGUGAAAGGCUUCACCAAGGAAUGCCAGGCCAGGAGCAUCAAGAUAUGGUUGAUUUCAUAUUGCUGUGCCGACAGCAGAGUGAUGACAAAUCAGGGCAAAACUCUCUGAAUAUUUUCACUCACCAUGCAUGCUAUUGCAGAGUGAUGAGCACAAGCCCAAUAUGGUGGCUGCUGAAUGGACCCCUGACUAUAACACACAACUUUGCUGCUGCUUUCUGUGAAAUAAAAUUGACUAUGGGUGUCCAUAACUCCUCAGAUUUCCCUGUGUCAGUUUCUGUUGGUCCUGCGGAUUCUUCAGCCAGUCUCAGUUCAGCGAGCAGUGCAUCCCCAGCUUCCGAUAAUGAAGUGGGCUGGCAUGCUUUGCCACAAAUGAAUGACAUUAAAGUUGCAUCUGAUAUCCCUCGAGCCCCAAAGACACUCGUGUCCGAGAGUACUGCACCUUUCAUUUGGUCAGGUUCAAGUUGGACUCAUUUUAAACUCGAGCCAUUAUCUUCUACAGAAAUCCCUCUUCAAAUUACCGUGUUUUCUCCUGGGACAUAUGAGCUGUCAAACUACUUGCUACACUGGAGUUUUUUAUCUUCCGGUGAUCAAGCGGACAAAGGAGAUGUAUUGAGACCAACCGGGACUUGCGAGGGGCAUCCAUACUACAUAACUGUGCUACCACAAGAUUGAACACUUUUGGAACAAUUCUUUUUCCCCUUCAAUAAGAGUGGAGAAGAUGUCUGCAGAGUAAUUUUGUACCUUCAGCUUGUACAUCAGAAAGUUUCAAUGUACAUACACAGAAACCGAAAUAUUAGGAGAAAACAUUCUUUUGACCUUAGAGGGGAACACAUGCUCUUUCUUUCCUGGAGCCCAUUGAGGGCCAAUAUAUCUAUAUGACAAUAUCCACAUCCACUGGUUUAGCUUGUGUGAGGUUUCAUUCGACUUUUACUGGUCUCUGUACUUAAUCCAUCCUUGAAUUUUUGCUGGCUUGCUACAGACUAUUGUCGGUCAAAGGUUUGAAGUUAAUGAAAUUUAUUUAUGGACAA